ACUGCGUCAUCGGAGUGCGCCGGGGCGGGGCCGCUCCCCAGCCCGCAAGCGGAAGCAGGUAUUGAAAACCUCCCCUGUGAACUGCAAAGAAACUUUCAGUUGAUGCGUGAAUUGGAUCAGAGAACAGAAGAUAAGAAAGCCGAAAUUGACAGUCUUGCAGCAGAAUACAUUGCAUCAGUGAAGAGCAUGUUGCCGGAGCAGCGAGUAGAGCACAUCAAGAAGAUUCAGAAUGCUUACAGCAAAUGUAAAGAGUAUAGUGAUGACAAAGUGCAGCUGGCCAUGCAGACCUACGAGAUGGUGGAUAAACAUAUUCGACGGCUGGAUGCAGACUUGGCCCGAUUCGAAGCAGAUCUGAAGGAUAAGCUGGAAGCCAGUGACUUUGAGAGCCCUGGAGGACGAGGCCUGAAAAAGGGGCGAAGUCAGAAGGACAAGAGAGGCUCCCGAGGUCGUGGUAGGCGAACAUCUGAAGAAGAUACUCCAAAGAAAAAGAAGCUGAAAGGAGGAUCUGAGUUUGCUGAUACCAUCCUCUCUGUUCAUCCUUCGGAUGUCCUAGACAUGCCAGUGGAUCCGAAUGAGCCCACCUACUGCUUGUGCCACCAGGUGUCCUACGGAGAAAUGAUUGGCUGUGAUAACCCAGAUUGUCCAAUUGAGUGGUUUCAUUUUGCUUGUGUGGACCUUACCACAAAACCAAAAGGAAAAUGGGAUACCAUGGCUGUGUCAUCUCUAGUCCAGUGUCAUGUGGGUUGGUGCGGUUUGACCCUACAAAGAUGGCAAAUGAAUUGCCAGAACAGAACCUUGGCAGCAUGGACCAGUGCUACAGCCCAGUGGACAUACAAGCAGAACAGACAUGCAGAGCAACUCAGGAUGUCAAAAGUCAGGCCAUCCAUCUUGUGGAGGGCUGGUCCCCUGGGCAGGAGAGCUCUCCAUACCAGCUUCGCCAGUUCACAGGAAGUGAUGCUGACCAGUGAGCGGUAUGGAGUGCAGAGGCUGCCCUUCUCCCAUGUUUCUGAUAGUGACUUGGCUUUCUUUGAACGCAUUAUACCAGGUGGAGUCAUAACAGACCCAGAAGAACUGAAACCUUUUAACGUGGACUGGCUGCAAUCAGUCCGAGGCUCCAGUAAGUUGUUGCUGAGGCCGCAGACAACUGCAGAGGUAUCUGAGAUUCUCAGGUAUAGUAAUGAGAGAAAUCUGGCGGUAAACCCCCAAGGGGGCAACACUGGCCUUGUUGGGGGUAGUGUGCCCGUCUUUGAUGAAAUCAUCCUCUCCACAGCUCUUAUGAACCAGGUCAUCAGCUUCGACAGCGUGUCUGGAAUCCUUGUGUGCCAGGCUGGCUGCAUCUUAGAGAACCUGAACCGGUACCUGGAGGAGCUGGAUUUCAUCAUGCCGCUGGACCUAGGCGCCAAGGGCAGCUGCCACAUUGGUGGUAAUGUGGCAACGAAUGCAGGAGGCCUGCGACUGCUGAGGUAUGGCUCUCUCCGAGGGACAGUUCUGGGACUGGAAGUGGUGCUAGCCAAUGGCUCUGUUCUCAACUGCUUGGCUUCUCUGCGCAAGGAUAACACUGGCUAUGACUUGAAGCAGCUUUUCAUUGGGUCAGAGGGGACUUUGGGAGUCAUUACUGCUGUCUGUAUACUCUGUCCUCGGAAACCCAUGGCUGUGAAUUUGGCAUUCCUAGGUUGUCAGAGUUUUUCUCAGAUUUUGGAAACCUUCACUACCUGCAAGAGAAUGCUAGGGGAGAUCCUAUCUGCAUAUGAGUUCAUGGAUGACAGGUGCAUGAAGUUGGUUGUGAGCCACCUCAAGCUGUCCAACCCUGUGACAGAAAGCCCCUUUUUUAUUUUGAUUGAAACGUCAGGCUCUAAUUCUACCCAUGAUCAAGAAAAACUGAACAACUUUCUGGAAUGUGUCAUGGCCUCUGGUUUGGUGACAGAUGGGACUGUGGCCACAGAUGAUAAGAAAAUAAAGACAUUGUGGGCUCUGAGGGAGAGGAUCACAGAGGCCCUCACUUAUGAUGGCUACGUUUUCAAAUACGACAUCUCGCUCCCUGUGGAGAAACUGUAUGAUCUUGUGAUUGACACCAGAGUUCGACUGGGCAGGAGUGCCAAGAAUGUGGUAGGCUAUGGCCAUCUAGGAGAUGGAAACCUGCACUUGAAUAUCACAGCUGAGUCCUAUAGCCAUUCCUUGCUGGAUGCCAUUGAGCCAUUUGUGUAUGAGUGGACUGCAAAGUAUAGUGGCAGUAUCAGCGCCGAGCAUGGACUGGGUUUCAAGAAGAAGCACUACAUUCAGUACAGUAAGCCCUGGGAAGCUGUGCUGCUGAUGCAGCAGUUCAAGGCCAUGCUGGACCCCAAAGGGAUUCUGAACCCAUACAAGACACUGCCUUCUAGUUCCUGAGGACUCUGUGCUGCUGAGAAAUGUGCAUAUACCCUCUUUUAAGGAAUGUCUCUAACUCAGUAAUUGCACAUUAGGCAGAAACAGGCUGAUCAUAAAUGUGAAAUGCAGCAUUACUCAUUUUAUUAUCAUGAUGAAAUGGUAAAGGAAUGCAAUCACUCCUCUGAGAGCUGUCCAUCAUCACUCAAACCCAAACCCUCUGGAAAGAAGAGACCUCUGCUGGCCACAGUUACAUGGGCUCCUCCUUGGACAUGAAAGUUCAUGUGGAGAACAGGUAUUUAUAUACAUGAGGUUCCUGCCUGACAGUCCCACCCUCAUUUUGAUGCUCAGUGUUGUUUUUCAUCCCACUUUACCUGGUGCAAUCUUUGAAAAGGUGUUAAAUCUCUAAUGCUCUGGUGUGGUUUUUCCUCUUGGUGGUCUCUUGCUUCUGUUGUUUUAUUUAGAGCUUAUGCUUGUGAACACUAGUGACAGAGCUGCAAAGCAGCAAGAAGAGAAUGUGAGCAACAUCUAGAAUUUUUUUUUUAGACUGGCUGCAUUUUCUGUCAUAGGUUUCUUGUUCAGGAAGAGGCCAGGUGAGAACUUUUGUGCUUUUUAUGCUAUGGAGCAGAACAGUCGGCAACCUAUUUUCAUCUCCUGCACCUGUAGUUUAUUGCUCCUUUAGUUUAGGUCUCCUUCAUUCUUGGCACCCUCAUUGAUGUAAUAGAGCCCAUAAUCCUCUUGUGCAUAGACUUGGUAGACUCCCUGAAACAGCCCACAGUCUCGUUAACCUGGUAAUUAUGUAUCAAGCCAGACUGUUUUGAUAUCAAAGAUUGCAUUGGGGCAUCAUGAAACAACAUGCAGAUUUUAAACAGCAUCUAGUUAUGCUCACUUGUUGGCAAUGAAGGGGAAGAAAGGAAAGAAGAAAAUAUGUGAGUUAACUCAAGUGCAUAAUUUAGUGUUCACAUAUGUCCUUGUGAGUAGGGCUGUUUAGGUACUUGACAGAACUUUCUCAUCCCUGAUACUUUUCUCCAUGGUGCAGUACAGAGAGGAGUCUGGUAUGGGCAUCAGUGGCACAGAAAGAAGGAUUAAGAAGAUGACCACAUAUUGGUUGUAUGGUUCCCUGCCACUUAGUUACUGGCAGCUUGUCAGCAUCAAACCAUAUGAAAGCAAAAUUCCACGUAAAAUAGAGGGUUGGUUGUGGGGAUGGGUGGUGGGAUUAGAGAGCAGAUUGUAUCCCUAGAAACUCACUGAAACAGACAGGAAAAGAUGAUGGAGGUUUCAGCACUUACUCAUGUAUGCCUGGCCACCGUUUUCAAGUUGCUGAGGUUAACCAGCAGGAGCAUUAAAUAGGAAAAGGCCUUUCUGGACAGGGGCACGAGUAGACAGCAGAAGAGUAGAUGCCACCUACACAUGAGGUGGAGAUAAUUAUGGUUUCUCAUUUGUGCUGCACACCCAGGAACCUCUCUAACUUCAUAACAGACCUCACGUUUUAUAGAGAAUCCUAAAUGCAGUGGAAAACAUUCUCUGUCAGGGGAGGUUUGACUCUUAAAGACUUGACUGCAUUAAAAAUAUAUAAUUUUACAUUGUUUUAAUUUACAGAUUACUGUAUACAAAUAAUUUGCCUGUGUCAUACUGUAGUCCAGGUAUAGACUUCAUUCUGUUUCUGAAGAGAACACCUGGUACAUCUUCACAUUGCAGUGCUUUUUCUAACACAUGUAUGUAUUUUUAAUAAUGUAAGGGUUAUUAGAAAUAAAUCAGUUUUUAAUCUUA